CCGACCAUAGUUGCGGCGGUAGAUGAUUCGGUUCAUCAGAGGUCUAGUUGCUGGAUCUGGGAAGUAGCAUUAGCCAUGGCGACGGGCCUACCCAGUGUUGUUGUGUUGGCAUUAUUUGUUAUUCUAGCUCCUUCUUGCUCCGCCUGGGACAAUAAAUGUCUGGCCUUCGAUGACCAACCUUUCCAAAAAUGUAGAAAAGGAUUUUGCUGUGGAAGCUGCUCACACAAAUACUGCUGUGAAGAUUAUAUCCUCCGGCUGACUGAGGAUGAACAAGAUCUGUGCUCUCAUUCCUCACCAUUAAACUUGGUGUUUGGGAUUGGUAGCUUCAUCACCAUUUUGCUCAUCAUCAUCUGCUGCUGUGUCUGUCCCUGCUGCUGCCUUUACAAGACGUGCCGCAAGCAAACGCCUGUGAUCGCUACCACCACCCACACCACUGUGGUUUCGGCCGCUCCUCACCAGUACCCACAGCAGCAAACCUCUUCCGGGCAACCUCAGACCUACCAGGGGGGCCAGUAUCAACCCUACCAUCACGUCGCAGUGCAGCCAGGUUAUGGUGCCCAGCCUGCGCCCCAGGGCUACGGCGCACAGCCCGGGCCCCAGGGCUACGGCGCACAGCCCGGGCCCCAGGGCUACGCGGCACAGCCCGGGCCCCAGGGCUACGGGGCACAGCCCGGGCCCCAGGGCUACGGAGCACAGCCCGGGCCCCAGGGCUACGGAGCUCCAACCAUGCCAACACCACCAUACCAAGGACAACCUUUCACAACCGUACCACCACCAUCAUAUCAGGAAGCCAUUGGUCCCAUCUACCCUCCCAACCCAAUGCCUUACAGCCAGGCUGCCUUCUCCCCCGGCCAGCCAUCGUACCCUCUGCAGCCUCCCUCCCAGCCGCAGCCCACCGCUCCUCUCCCAAACAAGGACUUCCUCGCCCAGCCCGCCUACAACCCGGAUUUUACUGGAUAGUGGGCCCCAGUUAUACUCUCUCAGCCACUUAAAACGUGCUGGCACAUUUUUCAAACUUGGCAGACCUGGAAAUGUGCAAUCUAAAUGAGAUAUAAAGAUUGUUUUGUCUGUGUUCUGAUUAUAAAAUAUAUUAUGCCACAUUUGUAGUUGUUCUGUAAAAGGGUUGCCAAGUGAAAAUGUUGAUAUUAUCGGCUCCUGUUGCAUGGACUAACAAUAUAAAAAUUACAAAAUUGUUGUUUUAAAAAGAAAAAGGAAGUUCUUGCUGACUCAGUCUCGGUUAUCUUAGUAAGUUUCACAUAAGACCACUAGGUUUCUCUUACCUGACCCCACCCCACAGAACCUGCCUGAGCUCUUCGGCCACGAUCAACAGCUAUGUUACAGCCAUAAUCUCAUUGCUUUCCGACCUUUAUUUUAGACAUAAGUGCUUUGUACUUGUUUUCUACUUUAUGAUGCUUUGAUGUGUUAUUUCGGAACAAAUCAAGUCCGAAUGUCACACUACUCACUAGAAGAUUUGUUGUGGAAAGUAUACCUGUCAUUGUUAAUGGGGUAAUGGGGCUUUUAACCCUGCAGCAAAAGGGAAUGCUCACGUUGAUAAAAAAAAAAAAAGACUUGCUUAUGUUUUCAUGUACAAGGGAGACAUCACAUCAAAUUGUUCUUUCCUAUUUUUACUCAGGUUGUUUUCAUUCAUGAUUUUAUCUUAAAAUAUGUUUUACUGAAUUCAACUGCAUCGGCAGCUUUGAAUGACAUAACCAAAUGAACUCUUUUCCCUUUUUUAAUUGUCUAAACAUCAACCUAAAUACAAAUGUUAUGCUUACAAAAUGCAGGAAAAAUAAUUGUGCCUUCUUACCUACAUUAUGUUUUUAUCACACUUCGUGUGCAUGUAAGUUACAACUAUUUCAAAUACUAUGUUGGAGGUAUUCAUGUUUGUUAGUUUGUUUUCAACUUUUUUAACCAUACUGUAUUUUAUGCAUCUUUUAAAGGUCAAACUUUUCUUAUUUAGUAUUGUGUUACUUGCCUUGUCUUUUCAAAGACUGAACCAGCGUAGAAGUAAGGGAUAAAUAAGUAGUCUUUUGUUUUUUUCUGAAAACAAAUAUGCCUUUCUUGCUUUGCCUUCUCACUUCUUCUUUCUGAAAUGACUUGAACAGUUCUGCUAAAGUGACCUUCUUUCUUGGGAUCCAGCUGAACCUGGAGAAGUACAGUCAUAGCUCAUCUGAUGAGAGAGCAUUUGGUCUUUUGAGCCACCAUGAUUUUUCUACUUCCCCUAAUUAGACGUUAGGCAUGGUCAAAGAACUUGUAUCUAAUAGUCCAAUUCAAUGUUUCAUUAUAAGUGAGUGUCACGGGUAUCAGAAUGACCUUCAGUCACAUCUAUGCUGUGGCUGUUCUGGUUUACAAUUUACAUACGAGUCAAGUCAGUCAACUAAUGGGGCCUAAUGUCCUUGUAUUGUUAUGUGUUUGUUAUUUGCAAAACAGUUAAUCCGUGAGGAAUGAGCAUGUGUUACUUACCACACAUUUGUCUGUGUAUUACAUUGUUGGCUUGCCUUUUGUGGGAAAUCAUCAUUUAUAAAUGUGUUCUGCCUGUGAUUUCAGUCAUUUGCCUAACGUGAUUCUUUAAGAUUACUUUAAUUGGAGUGAUUUCAUUUGUAUGUGAAUUAUAGCCUUAGUUUUCAUAAUGAAAGGCAAACCAGCAGAGAUGAAUACUUAUUUCAACUUUGUUGUUCGUGCAAGAAUAAUUGUCAUUGAUAGUACUUUGACAUUAUGUGUACAUUACUUUUAUCCUGUUUAAUACACACCAUUCCUGCAGAAAUAAAAAAUAUAUAUUUCCUGUUUUAA